AUGUCCCUCCACUGGCUUUCCUCAGCGGUGCUGCUGCUCUUUCUGUUGGUGUGCUGCGGCGGCAGUGGGGCCGGGGCCAACGCUGCAGUGACGCAGGAGGCGUCGAAGGAGGUGGAGCUUUUCAAACCAGGGGAAACUCCUGUGUUUGCUGCUGGGGAAGAGAGCGACAAAGACCGUUAUGAAAGUGUCUCCUCUUUCUACAGCCACUCCCUUCUUGACGUGAAUGGUGUGCUGGUUGCUCUUGCCGUCGGCACACACAGCAACAGUGACAGCGACGUGCGUCUUGAAAUGUGGGCCAAGUACAGUGCGUACGGGGCCAAUGGAAGAUGA